GGUACAGGCUCUGCUGCUUAAAUACCCUGAUACAGCGAUAUUUAAUACGUAUGCAUGUUGAACGUUGGGUUGAAUGUGGGACCCGGUCUUUGGCUGGGGUCCGCCCUCCCGCACGUUGGGGAUGUCGCAAAUGGUGCCUGCGCCUGAGAAGCCCCCGAGGAAAGCUCGGCCUCAGCCCAAGCUUACGCGAAAGGAAAGCCCCCACGAUGUCAAGCACUUCUUCUGCCGAGCGACUCACGCCCCCAAACAGCACGGGUUCACUACAGCCCUCCACGGAGGGAAGGCAAGGCGCUUAGGGCGCAGGGAGAGGGAGAGGGAGAGGGAGAGGGAGAGGGAGAGGGAGAGGGAGAGGGAAAGAGGGAAAGAGGGAAAGAGGGAGAGGAAGAGGUCUGGAAGUCUGUUGGGAGUGCGGGUUUUGGUGCAGUGGUCAGCCCCUCAUGAAAACUUAGCCUACAUGCUAGCAGCUUUUUUUUCUCUGCCGCUGCUGGUGUUGGGUACGGUGUUUAUCAACGCCUUCCUGGUGCUCUACAACGGCGCCAACGAGUCCCGGCUGCACUGGCCCGCCUCCCGCGCCGCCUGGGUGUCUGCCUGCAUCGCCGGCGGCGCCUGCCUGCUGACGGUGCUGGUGGCCAUGCCGCUGGUGCGCCGCCGCGUGCUGCUGCGCCAGGCGCUGGUGAGGGACCUGGCGCUGAGGCGGCGGCAGCAGCUGGCAUACUACGUCACUCGCGCGAGCAAUGCCGGCAAGGACACGCCGGCGCCCACGCCCGCGCCCGGACGCAGCCUGGGUCCGUACGGCAGCGACAGCGGCCCCGUGCCCAGCGCCCAGCACGCCGCCAGAUCCAGAUCCAGCACGGCCGGCGCCCUGGGAGGAACGCGAGGGGCCACAGGCGGCGGCGGCGGCCACGGUGGUGGGUUAGUGGAUGGCGGCGCCGACUCGCCGGCACAAGGGUUUGCGAGGCACGCCGACCUGGGGCCGACGGCGGCUGCGAUGGGAAUGGGGGCCGCAGGCGCGGCGUUCCCGCUGGCUGCGGGCAUGGACCCAGGCUUGCUGCGGCCAGUGCCGGCGCCGUCGGGCCACCAGCAACAUUCAAGCCAGCCUCCCUCUGGAGGAGGUGCAGGAGGAGGUUUGGGAGGAGGCGUGCCGCCGCCGAUGGAGCGGCAGACGUCGGGCGGCCUGCGGCGCAGUGACACGUCCUCAGCCUAUGCUGCGGCGCCCCCGCCCCCGCAGCAGCAGCAGGCGGCAGGCGCUGGCGCGGCAGGCGAUGCCGGCAUGCAGGCCGGUACCGGCGACGGCCCGGCGAUGAUGUCUCCGCUGCUGUCGCCCUACCACCCCCAGCACCAACAAGCCCCGCCGAUGCUCCCAGCGGCCACCGCCGCAGCCGCAGCCGGCAGUCGAUACGACUCCACGAGAUCGCUGCUGCCCGUGCGCGGCGGUGACGGCGUGGCGGCGGCGGCAGCGGGGCCGGGAACCGGCGGCGGCGGCGACAGCGCUGCCUCGGAGCGGCUGGGACCGCAGGCGCUGCAUCUGCCGCAGCAGCAGUCGCAGCCGUACGCACGGCUGGCGCCCGACCUGGUGCGGGUGACCUCCACAGGCCGGACCUCCUCCACCGUCACCACCGCCACCACCACCCACAGCGGCGGCAUCACGCCGCCCCAGUUCCAGCAGCCGUCGCAGCUGUCCUCGGCCCAGCACUCGUCCGCACACACGAAGCUCACGGCGGGGGGCGGCGGCGGGCCGCUCGGGCCUCAGGGGCCGCUGUCGCUGCAGCUGCAGGGCAGCACGCACAGUAGCAACGGCCGCGACAACGGCGGCGACACCAGCAGCGCCGCCUCUGGCGGCGCCGCGGCCGGGGCCAUCGGCGGCGGCGGCGGCGGCUCGGUUGAGAUGGUGGCACAGCCUGCUGCUGCUGCUGCUGGCGUAGGGGGAGAGGGUCAGCAGCAGGUACAGGCGGCGGCGGCUGAGGCGGGCCGCACUGUGCCGAUUGCGGCAGACGAGGGCGCUGCUGGUGCAGGGGCCACAGCUGGUGUGGCGGUCACCGCCGUGACUGGUGCCGUCGGGGCAGAGGCGCAGGCGGAGCAGCUGCAGCAGCAGGCGCAACAGGCGUGGGCCGGCCCGCAGCAGCAGCAGCAGCAGUGGCCCCAGCAAGCCCAAUGGAGCCAGCCACAGCAGCAGCAGGCGUGGGGCAACCUGCAGCAGCAGUGGAACGCCCAACAACAGCAGGCUUGGGGUGGGCAGCAGCAGCAGCAACAGCAGCAGCAGUGGAAUAAUCAGGAGCAGUGGCGGGGCCAGCAGCAGGCGUGGGGCAACCAGCCACAGCAGCAGCAGCCACAACAGUGGAGUCAGCAGCAGCAGUGGAACCAGCAGCAGCAGCAGUGGGGCCAGCAACAAUGGAACCAGCAGCAAAAUCAAUGGGCGGCCGCACAACCACAGCAGCAGAUGCAACAGCAACGCUGGAUGCAGGGCCAGCAACCCCAGCUGCAGCAGCAACAGCGCAAUAACGGGGCGACACAGCAGGCGCAGGCACAACCGCAGCAGCAGUGGGGUGGCCAGAACCCGUACUGGCAGCAGCAGCAACAGCCGCCGUUGCAGCAACAGCAAUACGGCCAGCAGGGUAACCACUUGAGCCGAGCCGCAUACCAGGCGCAACCGCAGCAGCCGCAACAGCAGCGGGGCUGGGGUCCCGGCGCACCCGCGGGCGGCGGCGCCGUCGCGUUCCGGCCGCCGCAGGCGGCCGUGCCGCCACAGCAGCAGCAGUGGGGCGGCGGCGGCGGCAUGGGUGUCGGCGGCAUGCCUCUGCAGCGGCCGCAACCGCCACGCUUCGGAGGGGCUGGUGCUGGUGCCGGUGCAGGCGGUUACUACAAUCCGCAAGCCGGGGCGGUGUCGUACGGCGGCGGUGGUGGCGGCGGCUUUGUGGCGCUGCCGGCGGGGCCCCAGGUGUCCGGCCGUUACGCCCACGGCGCCCCGGGGCCCAUUGCGGAGGCCACGGCGCGGCGGCGGAGCAUGGGCGACAGCGCGGGGCAGGAGGGGCCGGUAGAGGAGAUUCAGUGGGUAGAGGCUGAGGGCACGGAGGGCAGGGGCCGAGGAGUGGGGCCGCAGGAGGAGAUGGAGCCGCAGGAGGAGAUGGAGCCGCAGGCGGCGGCAGCGCACGCACCGUUGCCGCCGCCGCCGCCGCCGCCGCCGCCCGGCCAGCAGCACAAGUCGCUAACGGCGGCGGUGCUGGGCGGUGCGGCGGUGGUGGCGGCACGCGCCCGAGUCCUUGAGCGGGAGACCGUCGUGGAUGCUGCGGCAGGGAGCAGCGAUGGCCACGGCGAGGGCUGGGGCGGCGGCCGCGGCGGCGGCGGCGCGGGCGGCGGUUGGGAUGACAGCCGCCACGACCACCCUUUGUCGUCCGCGCCGCACCCGCACGUGUUUGAUGACGCGGAGUACGACCAGCGCUCUGACGACCACGUGCCGUUGGACCCGCUGCACGGCGGCAGCUCUGCCAAUGCCGGCGGCGGGGUCAUGCCCGCCCCGUCCAUGGGCCGCGGCAGCGGUAGCGCAGGCGGCGGCGGCGGCGGCAUGGGCUCACGCGCGUCACGGUCGUACGCGGCGGCGGCGGCGGCGGCGCAGUACGGCUUCCACAUGCCCUUCAGCCACCACAGCCACAGCGCGGCGCAGCACGGGGCGGGCACGGACGGCGGCGGCGGUGGCGGCGGUGGCGUGGAGGCGGGUGACGGCUCGGGGCAGGGUCUGCCGCCGGGUGCGGCCGCGGGCACGCACUGGCAGAAGACCUUUGACCAGCUCAAGGCUGUGGUGAUGCGCGGCGCCAACGACGACGCCUUCCACGCGGAGGUGCUGGCGAAGGAUGAGGUGGCGGCGGGCAUGCACGCGCGCGCCGAGGUGUUCGACCCCGCCACAGAGCACGCCUUCAAGUACCUGCAGGUGGUGACGGCUGUGUGCGACUCGUUCAGCCACGGCGCCAACGACGUGGCCAACAGUGUGGGACCGCUGGCGGCCAUUUGGUACAUCUACCGCUUCCACAGGAUCGACUACCAGGCCGAUGUUCCCAUUUGGAUCCUGGCCCUUGGCGGCGCCGGCAUUGUGGUCGGACUGGCCUGCUACGGCUACAACAUCAUCCGCGCCAUCGGCUUGCGGCUGUCCGUGAUCACGCCCAGCCGCGGCUUCUGUAUCGAGCUGUCCACCGCAUUGGUGGUGGUGGUGGCUAGCAAGUUCGGACUGCCCAUCUCAACCACACACUGCCAGGUGGGCGCCACCGCCGCCAUUGGUCUGAUGGAGGGAAGCGCCGACAUCAACUGGAAGCUGUCGUUCUGGGCUGGCUGGUCACCAUCCUGAUCACGGGGCUGCUGAGUGCGGCGCUGUUCGCGGCGGGCGCCUACUCGCCCAGCAUCACGCAGGAGAACGCCAUCAGCAAAUACGAGGACAUGAUCCGCAGCGUGGCGCAGGAGUCUGGAUGCAGGAGGGCAACAGCACCAACACGCGGCCUGUACAGCACAUGGAUCCCGACGAGCUGACGGAGUACCUCAGCGACACCGUACAGACGUACGUUAACAACAGCCUGCCGUACAUUGGCGGCAUGGCGGCCAAGGGCAUUGUACUGCCCCGCCCGCCGCGGCGGCGGUACGGGCGGUGAUACUCUGAGGGUCUGUUCGUAUGGAUGACAUGACACGUUGCCGUACUGGCGUACUCGGUGUGGCGGCAUAUACUUGACGUGUAUACGGCAUUGGGCUUGCAGUGAGUAGUAUCCAUGGUUUUCGGGUUGGUCUGCGCGUGCAAACGGGUACAGUCCUGAGACCUGCGAGGUGAAAUAGGCUGCUGCAUUAGCCCUCCAGGGGCUUAGAUGACAUAUUCCACCAACGGUGGGAAAGGCUAGCAGAUUGGGGAAUAUCAGUCCGGACCAUGUUGUAGCACGAAAGCAGACUACCGUACUGAUAAGCAUGUGUUGAUGAAGAUGCGUGGGCACAAGCCUACGUGCCUGCGCAACCUGCCGGCAAUUCGGGCGAAGCGCAGGCGUUAAUAAUAAUAAUAAUUCAAACGCCGGCCCAUAGGGCCUGGCGUGGAUUAUCGGGGUAAGGUGGCUAGGGCGAGGAGGCCCAUCCCCCUCGCGCUGCCGCCUCACCACGCACUCCGAGGAGGCGUGGGGGAGCCGUGGCUCACCCACCUCUCGGUUUGAGUUCCUGCUCGGUUACUCGG